GAAAUCAGAAGUAGAAGAAGACCUCGAGCUGCUCGUCGUCAACGGACGCUAGCAUAGCGCGCUAGUCGGCAGCAUCAAUUCUAGUGAAGGGCGCAGCCACUUGUUUCAAAAAGGUGCCCCCAUUCUGUGUCAGCAGUGUCACUCAAAUCAACCACCAUGUCAGAUGGCCGGAUCUAUGUGGGGAAUCUUCCCGUGGAUGUCCAGGAGAGAGACAUUGAGGAUCUCUUCUACAAAUAUGGAAAAAUCCGUGAUAUUGAAUUGAAGAACAAUAGAGGCACUAUCCCUUUUGCCUUCGUCCGAUUUGAAGACCCACGGGAUGCGGAUGAUGCUGUCUAUGGAAGGAAUGGAUAUGGGUAUGGAGACUCCAAACUGCGUGUUGAGUAUCCUCGCUCUACUGGUGCUAAAUUUGGUCCCAUGGCAGGAGGAGGUGGUGGUGGAGGAGGAGCACCUAGGGGAAGGUUUGGACCCCCAACUCGAAGAUCUGAAUUCCGCGUCAUGGUGACUGGGUUACCACCAAGUGGGAGCUGGCAGGAUCUGAAGGAUCACAUGCGUGAAGCAGGAGAUGUUUGUUUUGCUGAUGUGCAGCGAGACGGAGAUGGUGUUGUGGAAUUUCUCCGCAGAGAGGACAUGGAGUAUGCUUUACACAGACUGGAUCGAACCGAGUUCCGUUCACACCAAGGUGAAACUACUUACAUCCGUGUCUUUGAGGAGAGGGGCACUCCCAACUGGAGUCGGUCACGUUCCCGCUCCAGAUCCAGAGGCCGCUAUUCAUCCCCCUACAAUAACAGAGGAUCUCCUCCUCCACGCUACCAGUCACCUCCACGCCACGCCAUGGCGCGCCAUAGUCCACCCCCCAGGAGGCACCCUCCGCAGCAUAGCCCACCACCACGUCAUUAUCGGUAGAAAGACCCGUCAUUUACAGAGGAAUUGGGGAAAGUGUUUUGUAAUUCUACUUUUGAUUUUAAAUUUUUUUUUUUACCCCAGUUCUCCUCAUAGGAUUCCCCAAUGUUUAUUCUUGCUACAUACAUUCCACAGUCAGGAUCCCCUGAACAUCAUGCUCCUUCCCACAGCCUUAAAAUAAAAUGUCCUUUUUUUAAAACCAAAAAAACCAAAUGUUAUCUGGAGACAGGAUUUAUUUCCCCCCCGACUUGGUGACAUAACAGCUAAUUGUAUAACAUUGGAAGUUUCUGAUGGUCAGACUGUCAGGAACCACUGCAAAGAAGAAACGUAUCGUCCAAAACAAAUUACACAGUUCUGCAGCUAUCAUUCUGAAGGUCGUUUGUUUUGUGUGUAACAAUUCUGCAGCUUGAAUUUUAAAGUUUUUUUUGCCAAAAUACAAACCUGUGAAGUUGAUCAAUAUCCUCCUUAGUUAUUCAGACCAGUGACACAUUGACUGUGAGCCUCACUUGUCAGUUUCUUUUUUUAAAUUGUGUGAACCGCUGACUGAGGUGGCCUGUAGGUGGAUUUAAAUUUGUAUGCAUCUCAGAUGUUUUUUUGUUUUUUCUUUACCAAUAAAAUGCAAACUUUUACUGUGA